AUGGCCGACGUGGAAUUUCUUUCGGAGCAGACGAAUGAAGAAUACCUACAAGGAGAUAUAACAGUGCCUGGUUUGGCUAAAAGUGAUGAAGAUCUUUCUACUCUGGAUGAACCUGUUAAGGAUACAGUGUUGAGAGAUUUAAAAGCUGUUGGUGAAAAAUUCUUCCAUGUUUUAUACCCAAAAACCAGUAAAACUUUACUUAAAGAAUGGGAUCUGUGGGGCCCAUUAAUUCUCUGUGUAUUUAUGGCAAUGUUGCUACAAGGAGGAGGUGAAGGUCAACCAGAAUUUGCAGAAGUGUUUGUGAUAUAUUGGAUAGGAGCUGUUAUUGUUACUUUGAACACUAAAUUACUGGGAGGUAAUAUCUCAUUCUUUCAGAGUGUAUGUGUAUUAGGAUAUUGUGUGACACCAUUAGCUGUAGCUCUAUCUGUGUGUCGUAUCAUACUAAUAGCCAAUCAAACCACAGCUCUAUUUAUUAUUCGAUUUGUCUUUGUUGUUUUGGGAUUCGGCUGGUCAACUUUUGCUUCAACAGCAUUUCUUGGUGAAUGUCAGCCACCUAAGCGUAAAGUGCUAUCAUUGUACCCAAUAUUUUUAUUUUAUUUUGUAAUAAGCUGGUUGAUAAUCUCUCAUACACAUUAAUAACAUAACUACAUUGGGUUUUGUUUGUACAGCAGUGGGUGAUGAAGUAAACAUAUGUUAAAUAUUAUAGAGUGGGGCAUGACAUGCUCACCAUUCAGGAACACUGUUGCUAUUAUGUAACUGGGUUUAUUGAUUUAACGUACUUUCAGACAGUUCACAUACCAUUUUGGGUAUUUUUUAACAGAAUGCAUGAGUAGAGCAUACUACUGUUUCAAGAACACUAUUGUCAUUCUGUGAUUGGGUUCUGAGUGACAACUCAUGGAAAUCGUAAUGUAUAAAAUGACACAUAUACAGUAAAGGGGCAGAAAUAAACCUAGGUGGUGCAUUAUGGGGCAAAUGAGGUCACUUUCCACAACCUCCCUGGAAAAAUGGAUCAAAUUUAAAAAGCAGUUUACUUAAUGCUUAUAUUUAUCACUGAAAUAACUGUUACAUAUUUAUUCAGAUAUUCCUUAUAAUGUACCAUUUCAAAUUUUCGAAAUUUUUUUUGCCUCAAUUAGGGGUUUAACCCCCCCUAACAAAAAAUUUGCUGACGCCCUUCAGUGCAUUGAUGCAUCUAAUAUCUUGUGUGGGAUAGAUAUAUAUCCAUGAUAGAGUGUUGUGGAGAUACUUUAAUUGUACUAACUGGGGAAAUUAAUGGGUGGUUAUUGAGUUUUGUAAAUUGUUUUCUCUCUCAGUUAUAGUUUAAAACUUUUAUUGUAUUUAUGAGUAGCUGUUCAAUUUAAAUAUGAAUAUAUUUAUAUUAUAUUGAUAAUAUCAUGGGGGAUUAAAUGACCCUAGAACUAUUUGAUAUAAAGUUUUGUCUUUAUUUAUUGCCUUGUUGAUUUCUGUUAUCUAUUUUUCCUUAUGAUUUGAUGUAAAUACUUUGUUAAUGUUUAAAUGAAUGAAUGAAUGAAUGAAUAAUGAAUGAAUGAAUGAAUGAAUAUUAGAGUAAAUGAAUGUGGAAAAAUUGAGUGAGUGAGUGAGUGAAUGAAUGAAUGAGGAAAUGAACGAAUGAGUGUUAGAUGAAAUUAAUGAAUGAAUGAAUGUUUAAUCUUGAAGGUGUCUAUUGUUAAUAAAGUGGUUAAUUAAAGUUUCUAUCACUUUU